GUAAUGGAGAGCUCAAUGCGGCGCUUGCAAUGGUCAUCCUUUCAAUAUUUUUGGUAAAUUCCACAAUCAGGAGUUACUAUGAAGGCGGGGGCCUCCUCCAUGUGGGCGUCCUGCUGCGGGCUCCUGAAUGAGGUGAUGGGGACGGGGGGCCCGGUGCGGGGCCAGCAGCCGUUCCGCUUCGCCCCCAGCGCCGCCUGCUCCGCCUACCCCCACCCUGCCGCCGCCAGCCCCGCUGCCUCCGUCUCGGCCCCCGCCGGCCUGGUGUGCAAGGCCUGCGGCCAGGCCUUCUCCGUCUUCAGGAGGAAGUAUGUGUGCUGUGACUGUAAGAAGACGUUCUGCUCCCUGUGCACGGAGGCGCAGGAGAGCCUGCUCCGCUGCGCCACCUGUCAGCUGCUGAGGGGCACUGCGUUCCAGCGGCCGCAGCUGAUGCGGCUGCGCGUGAAGGACCUGCGGCAGUACCUGCAGCUGCGCAGCAUCGCCACGGAUACCUGCCGGGAGAAGGCCGACCUGGUGGACCUGGUGCUGUGCCACCGGGGCGCGGCGCACAGCGAUGACAACGCCGAUGACGUCAGCGACCCAGACGACCUCGACGAUCCCGAUGACCCUAGCGACCCCGAUGAUCCCGAUGACCCAACUGAUGUUGAUGACCCUAGCGAUCCCGAUGAGCCCGAUGACCCUGAUGAGCCAGAUGACCCUACCGAUGUUGAUGACCCUACCGAUCCCGAUGACCCCGAUGAUCCCGAUGACCCAAGCGAUCCCGAUGACCCUGAGGACUCUGAUGACCCCGAUGAAUUAGACAACCCCAAUGCAGGCAGUUUUCCCUCCCGCCCCCCGUAUGCCCCGCCCCGUCCAACCACACGCUCUGCCUCCAAACUCUCCACUGUCUCUGCCCCUCUGGGAGAACCAAUCAGCAGGAGAGACAGCUCAGGGACCACCAGCCAGGAUAACAGGGAGCCCACCUCCCUCUCUCUCCCGAACUUGGAAUCAGAGGAGGCCACGCCCCUGGCUCAGAGGCAGGCCCGGGCGUCCCUGUCGGACCUGGCGAACGCUGGCGACAUCGAGGGCCUGUCGGUGCGGCAGCUGAAGGAGAUCCUGGCGCGCAACUUUGUGAAUUAUUCAGGGUGCUGUGAGAAGUGGGAGCUGGUGGAGCGUGUGAACAGGCUCUACAGGGAGAACGAGUACAACAGGAAGUCAUUGGAAAACAUCAGCAAUGACCAGACAGCAGUGGUAGCGUACCCCCCACCCAUCUGCAAUGGUGGACUCGAAAACGGCCUGAAACCUCAGCUGACCAAUCAGGACGAGACUUUGUGCAGGAUCUGCAUGGACGCGGUGAUUGACUGCGUCUUGCUGGAGUGCGGUCACAUGGUCACCUGCACCCGGUGCGGGAAGCGCAUGAACGAGUGCCCCAUCUGCCGGCAGUACGUGGUGCGCGCCGUGCACGUCUUCAGGUCCUAGAGCCGCAGCGUCGACCGCCAACCCCAACCGCCGAGAGCAGAACCACCAAGUCCCAGAGUCACGGACCAUGCAACCCCCGACAACCACAAUCUCCCACACCCGUCCACCACACCCACUGAUUCUUCUAACAAUCAUUAGAAGAAUCACAAACAGGACACCCAGCAAUCGCCACAAUCACCAACAACCAGAAUCGCCAUUACCACAACUCAUGACAAGCACUCUCAGAAUUGUCAUUACCAUGACUCAUGAUUCAUGACCACAACCGCUAACGGCCAGAGUCACCAUUACAAUGAUGACCAUCACCGAAACCCACCAACGAACAGAAUCACCAUUACCACAACAAUCUCACACACCCUCUAUCACAGUCACUCCAUCAGUUAGUCACUCACACACCCUCAGUCACAGUCAGUCACUCACACACCCUCAGUCAGUCUGUCACUCACACACCCUCAGUCUGUCACUCACACACCCUCAGUCACAGUCAGUUACACACCCUCAGUCACAGUCACUCACACACCCUCUAUCACAGUCACUCCAUCAGUCAGUCACUCACACACCCUCAGUCACAGUCACUAUGCCCUCACAUUGACAAUACUGUAGCACAUCACAUUCUGUGCGACAGUUAUAACUCCUACAUUCAUUGUUGCGUUCACCAUGUUCACUGUUUCAUAGUAUGUAAAUUUAAGUAUACUGGAAGUAUCUCGGUGGCAUACUAACUUCCAUAAAAUAAAAGUAUGCAUUGACUGCACACUACUCCGUUAUCCCUGAUGCUAUUCUGUGAAAUAAUGGCAGUUGGAAUCCCUUUGAGACAGGCUUUGUCUUGUUGUCCAUCAGGAAAUAUUUUUAAAAUAUAUUUUGUUAUCAGGUGAGAUUGACACCAGUCCUAACUUCAGUAUCGCGGGUGGAUUGCAUCAUAUAUCAUAUAAUAAAAUCUUAGUUCAGCUCUAGGUUGAUACGAGUCCAUAGAAGAUGGGCCUGGUCUAUCACCGUAAAAAGGGUAGUUUUAGAGUGGGAAUUUGACUGUGUUUACAAGACAGAAACUCGGUGAUUUGAGUUCAGCUGGUGAGUAGCAUCUGCUCCGAUCCCAGAAAACAAGAAGGCUAAGGAUCUGGUGACUGCAAGACGUGAAUAUAAUUGGGCCUUCCAGUCUAGGAGGAACAGAAUAAUUAGAUGGAUGAGCAUAUCUACAGAAAUAAUUGAAGACAUUUUCCUUUCAUCCCAAUAUCUAGGAACAUAUGGUUUUUGGUGGAGGGUGGAGACACUGAUCAGCAACCGUGAACUUCCCCCUGCCAGGAGCAGAGGUAUGGGUGGUUGUAUCCACACACACACACACACACACAACUGAAAUGUGCAAAUUAGUGAGCAGUAGUGUUCCACCUCUGCUGUUCUUUAACUCUUAGCAAUAUUCCACUCUUUCGUUCCUCCCGUAGUGUUCUCAGUCUGUCUUUUCGCACUGCAGGGGCCAGACUUCACAAGGACAAAACAGGUGCUACUACGUUUUUCCAUUACGUUCAAUGCUCAGUAUUAAUCACAUUCUACAUGUAUUUGGUUAUGUUGUGAUUGAAUGUGACUUUCUAAAAAUUUCAGUUUUUCUUAGAGGUGGGAUUAUGAUGAUUGUUUUUGUUUUUUUAGUUUAACAAUCAUAUCUUCAUCUGUCAAAAAGAAAAACUAAUGGAAGAUUUACUCACACUUGUGGAACAUAGAAAUACGUAGAGGAAAAUUAAUUGCUGUAACAUGAAUUGCAUAUGUUUGAUAUUACUGUUAACUGAGAUGUACAUACAGUAUUUUUUCAUUUGCUUUGAAUGUUUAAUAUUUAUUAGUAUCUGACAAUAUUGUUUUCAUUUACCAAUUUUCGUAUUACUGAUUAAAGUUGUGUUCACUGUU